UACCUGUGCAGGUUAUUACUACCUUCUAACCGCAACUCCGUGUUAACACACUUAUUACUAUUUAGGUUCGGUGACAGUAACCCGCCAGCAGCCAUGGCCGAUCCCGCGAACGAGGAGGAGCUGCUCGACUACGAGGAGGAUGACGUAGCUGAGGCUGAGGCUGUUGGCAAGGCCGGCCAGGAGAAGAAGGGCUAUGUUGGUAUCCACGCGACUGGUUUCAAGGAGCUCAUGCUGAAGCCAGAGCUCCUGCAGGCCAUCGCAGACUGUGGCUUUGAGCAUCCAUCCGAAGUGCAACACGAGUGCAUUCCGCAUGCAAUUCUUGGCAAUGACGUGCUCUGCCAGGCGAAGUCUGGUAUGGGAAAGACGGCAGUAUUCGUUUUGUCCAUUCUCCAGCAACUGGACCCCAAGCCCAACGAGUGUCACGCAAUUAUCUUGUGCCACACGCGCGAGUUGGCGUUCCAGAUUUGCCACGAGUUCACACGUUUUAGCGCAAGAAUGAAGGGCGUGACAAUCGGGAACUUCUAUGGAGGCAUUCCUGUUACACAAAACAAGGAGACGCUCAAGAAGUCGGUCCCGAAUAUUGUUGUCGGAACGCCCGGCAGGAUUAAGCAGCUGGCCAAGGAGGGGGCGCUCCCCUUGAAGCACGUGCGCUUCUUCGUGCUGGACGAGUGUGACAAGAUGCUGGAGAAGCUUGAUAUGCGUGCGGACUGCCAGGAGAUCUUUAAGAUGACGCCACACGAGAAGCAGGUCAUGAUGUUUUCCGCUACGCUUAACCCGGAGAUGCGAGCCGUCUGCAAGAAAUUCAUGACCAACCCGCAAGAGGUGUACGUGGAUGACGAGUCCAAGCUCACCCUGCAUGGGUUGGUGCAGCACUACGUCAUGUUGCACGAGGAGGAGAAGAACCGGAAGCUCAACGACCUGCUCGACGCUCUGGACUUUAACCAGGUGGUCAUCUUUGUGAAGAGCGUUGCCCGAGCCAAGAUGCUCAACCAGCUUCUCAACGAGUGCAACUUCCCAAGCGUCUGCAUCUAUGGAGGCAUGGAGCAGGAAGAGCGCAUUAAGGUAUAUAAAAACUUCAAGGAGGGCAAGCACCGCAUCCUGGUUGCUACCGAUCUAGUUGGCCGCGGUAUCGACAUCGAGCGCGUCAACAUUGUUAUCAAUUACGACAUGCCAGAGUCGGACGACAAAGCGAAGGGCGAGUCCAAGCACGGAAAUGGCGCAGACACCUACUUACACAGGGUGGGACGCGCUGGCCGCUUCGGCACGAAGGGCCUGGCCAUCACCUUCGUGUCGUCGCAGGAGGACUCGGCAGUACUUAACGCUGUGCAGGACCGGUUCGAUGUGGACAUCAAGCCGCUGCCGGAGAAAAUUGACGCUAGCACAUACAUGAACACGAACUAAAUGCAGGUCUAGGCUCGCGCAGGCUAACUGGUUGUAGAUUACGAAGUUUGACUGGGUCAGCUGCUUCACGCUUACGCUUACGGACGCAGUUGCGCAUACGUUUCAGCAUGUUGCCUGCAAUGCUGCGGCGUUGUUUUUUGGUGACCUUUAGGACUUUACGCACGCCUUGUUCCUCAGUGGUUGUGGACGUGGGAAUGUGCGUGGCUAGGCAGAAGUGGCUGGGUAGUUGAUUCCUACUGCCAUUGACGUGGGUACUGGACAAGCUAGUUUGUGCACAGACGCGCUCUGGACAGGCUAACUCGCGCACAGACGGAACGGCGUUAAAGUUUAAUGACUGGUGACAGCUAUGACUACUUGUUGUGGAUGCGUCAGCAUGACGUACAACGGUAUAAGCCGAGGGGUGUUCAAGGGGAACGGUGAAGUGUGCACGCCACUUCGGCGCAAUUGUAAAGGAUAUGCUUGUGAUUUGCUUGUUUUCCCGGAGUUACCUGUGCAACAGUGCCAAAAGGCACGUGCAGCUGUUGGGGCACUUACUAAUCAAAGCCUCGUCCGGCCAUUCGAUUCCUCGGUAUCUGCCGCGACAUGUUAAAUAUGUAAAUUCUUUACCAU